CCGUUGCGGUCUGGGACGGUAGAAAGAAACAGGUGUGCGGCUUCCCUAAACGAGCGCGCGCUCGUUUUUUCUUUCUUCCCGGUUGGUUUUUCGAGGUAAAAAUUUGCUCUCUUCCUUAAUCAUUCUCUUAGCGGGACAGGGAGAGGAGGGGGGAGGGAGUCUGUUGUCACUUCAUUUUAUUAUAGUUUCGGCUGCGUUUUUAGUAAGCUUCUCUUUUUUGGAACAAGGGGGAGCCCGGCCGGCUCGCUCGUGAAGAGGAAGAGGAAGCUCAUGGCCACCAAGAAGCCGUGCUCGGAUUUAACAAAAAGGAGUCGAAGUCCGGUCGUGCUUGAGGCCGAGAUGUUUAGUGAAUUUCAGGAGUGGUGCCUCCGGACUUACGGCGACUCGGGAAAAACCAAGACAGUCACACGCAGGAAAUACAACAAAAUCAUGCAAACGCUGUUGCAGAAUGAAGAGGCGGACGGUGUGUACAUGGACAACAGCCACAUCAACGCCAAAUUCAAAUUCUGGGUGAAAUCCAAAGGGUUCCAGGUCGGGAGCACCGUCCUAGGCGAGCACAACCAGAAAGGCACUCCAGGGAAGCCCGUGCUCUACGUCCCUGUCAAAUCAACGCAGUGCUCUGAUGGCGGACAGUCACAGGACAGUUCUCUGAAGCGCGUCGCAGUCGUGGAGGAUUUUUUUGACAUCAUCUAUGCCAUGCAUGUGGAGAUGGGCGCAGAUCCAGGAAGGGCACCCAAACAUGCUGGCCAGAAAAAGACCUACAAAGCGAUUGCAGAGACAUACGCUUUCCUUCCCCGCGAGGCUGUGACCCGCUUCCUGAUGAGCUGUGGGGAAUGCCAGAAGAGGAUGCACAUCAACCCCAGCACAGCAGAGUUUAAAGAAAAUGACCGACCCACCUCACUGGUCCCAGACCUCAUCGACUACAACAUGCCCCUUACUGCCACCUACCUGAAACAGAUGAAACUCCAGUGCAUGAAUACCAACGAACAGGAUGAGAGUUCGGUGAGCAGUGAAGACCUGGAUAUGACUGAGCCAGCAUGGGGCUCUACUGAGCGAGCUCCAGCAGCAGCGCCCAGCAGCACUCCUGAGCCACGACCAGAGAGGAAGGCCACACCCCCACAACCCAGCAUCAAAGAGGAGGAAGAUGACUCCUCCUCUGAGAGUGCCAGCACUAAUGGGCUCCCUUCCCUCGCACCGCCUAACACUGCUGCUGUGGUCACUGGGGGUGUUUCUGUGACAGAUGGCAUGAUUCCAUAUGAAGAGGUGAAUUGCAAUGGAACCACAGCACCACUGGACUUCAGCACCACAUCAUCAUCAUCAUCCUCUGAAGAAGGCCAGCAACCCCUCAACCUGAGUGAUAGGCUGUUGCAGGGGGUUACUCCACCACUUGCACCAUACCCUGCUGACCCCAGCAGGAAAUACACAAUCAAAACAGAAUAUGGCAACAAGUCUCCUCAGUACAGCUCAGGAAGCUAUGACUCAGUAAAGACUGAAGUGAGCAUGUGUGCCGAAGAUUUGAAUACAGCACGCACUCAGGUCAUGGAUGAUGACGAUGAUGAUCAUGAUGAUCACGAUGACAGUGACAAGAUUAAUGACACCGAAGGUCUAGACCCCGAGAGGCUCAAAGCUUUCAAUAUGUUUGUACGAUUGUUUGUGGAUGAGAAUCUGGACCGAAUGGUGCCCAUCUCCAAGCAACCAAAAGAGAAGAUACAGGCCAUCAUUGAGUCCUGCAGCCGCCAAUUUCCAGAGUUCCAGGAGCGAGCUCGUAAACGCAUUCGCACCUACCUCAAAUCCUGCAGACGCAUGAAGAAAGGAGGCUUUGAGACACGGCCCACUCCACCACACCUCACCUCUGCCAUGGCUGAAAACAUCCUGGCAGCCGCCUGUGAGAGCGAGACACGUAAUGCUGCCAAAAGGAUGCGCCUUGACAUAUACCAGAAUCACGAUGAGUCAAUUAAUGCAGACAAACCCAACUCCAGAGACCCAGCCGCUGUGGCCCACUCAGGCUUCUCAUUGGCUGCCUCAGCCUACUCACAGGACCAGCUUUACACCAAUGGGGGACUUACUUACAGUUUCCGUGGUUACGGAGCCCUAGGCAACAGCCUGCAAAACAGUGCAGCAGCACAGAGCAAUGGUCCUACUGACUUGAGUAUGAAGUCUGUGGGCUCCAGCUCCUCCUCCUCAAGCUCUAAUAGUCACGGUCAGGGCGGUGGAGGUGGAGGAGCGUCGGCUCAGCUCAGCCCUCCUGAAGUCACGGCAGUGCGGCAGCUCAUUGCCGGCUAUCGUGAGUCCGCCGCCUUCCUGCUUCGCUCAGCUGACGAGCUUGAAAACCUCAUUCUACAGCAGAACUGAAACUCCACACAUGGUCACACAGACACACAUACAUGCAUAUGCUCUUAUGUACAAGACAUACACUCACAAAACACAUCAGAUGUGCACAGAUAGCAGCAUACAUCAAUUGGGAUAUGCACACAGCACAUUAAAACGUAUAUGUAGCUACAUGGCCACAAGCAGAUGCACAAAUGUACUACAAAUACACACUCACACACACACACAUACACACACGCACGCACGCACAGUCCCCUUUCUUGAUAGAGCUACCUAUUGCAUUCUUCAUAAUAGCCUUAUUGUCAUCAUAGUGUCUUCUUUGCCCUAUUCCCUUUGCCCUCAUUUAGAUUUGUAACAGGGCACAACUCUGUACAAGGCUUUGAUAACCUACUGUUCUCUUAAUGCCAAAGGCCAUGAUCUGAGAAGGCCUGAUCUGUGAGACUGUGCAGUUACAUGACCAACACAAGAUUUACAUUAAAAUGAUGUCACUGUACAGAGCACAAUCUAUGAUAAAAAGCCAUCCGAUGGCUGACUAGUGACACUGCAGCACUUGCGGGAAAUAGAGUUAUGUGAUUUCUACACAAUCAGUUUGGUAUGAACCAGUAUUGUGAGUGUGACUAAUGCAAACAAAUUAUGUCAUUUCCUAGGCAUCAUUUUUAGAUCAUAAUUAUCCAACAGUCACUGACCAUUAUUUUCACAGCUGGAGUGUUUAUAGGGUGUGAGAUACUUUGCAGCCAUAUUGAGUGUUGCAGCAUAGGUGUGCAGUUGAUGCAUUUAAUGUGUGGAAUAACAAGUGGAAUUUAAUUUGAUUUAAGGAAGGUUAAAGGAAUAAGGAAUUAGAAUAAGAACCAACCAUACCAAAAGAGCAAAAACCAUCUCAGUCUGGUUUUGACAUACAGACUACAAAAAGUCUACAUUUUUCAUUCUUAAAACUUUAAACCAGGGGUGCAUUUUGGGUAAUAAGCUACAUUACACUCCAUUUCAGGUGGGCCAAACCAAAAACAGUUCAGUAGACCAAUAACUAAUCAACAAGUCCUCUUAAAUGUGUUCAUUUGUCUGCAAUUAUUUAAAAGUUGCACAUGGAUUGAACAUGGGUCACAUAUGAAACAGAUAAACACUGUAAUUCAUUACUGAAAAAAAAUCCAGAUGUUGACUUUAACAUACAGUUUCUUACAUUACUAUUUGCCUCUCUUUUACAUUAUGUAGAGAGAAUUCUCUAUAAUCACUUUUUAAAAUAUUUCCUUGUUUUCUCCCCUAUUUGGUCAUCUACCAGUUUCCACCUGCCAGCCAGCUAUCCUUAUCAUACAACAGAGACAUGUAAAGACAGCCAACUGCUUCUUUUCAAACUUCUGCUACUCACAAUGAAUAGGAACCAUACUCGCAACCUCCUGAAUAUCAUUGUCCCCUGUAGUGUAAUAAUAAGGACUUACUCUUUGUUUCAUAUUUCAGUUUAAUUAUUGUCCACAAGACGAUAUUAUUUUAACAUGGAUUCUAAAUUUUAUAUAUUUAACAAUAUAUAUUUAUUAUAUAUUUUAUAAUAUAUAAAAUUUAGAAUGUAUGGCACCCUUGCUUUAAAAUGUUUUAAAAUCUUGGCCUAAAAGUAUGUGAAGCUGCCAUAGAGACUAACCUUUAGUAUAUACUAUGGAGAGACCAUUAAAGAAGAAGAAGAAGGGAGAUAUCUAAUAUUUGUUUAAUGCUACCGAGGUUGGGAAUAUGGUGCAAUGUAUAUGAUAAUAUUUUUAGUGUGUUGUCUGAAAAUUUAACAUAGACACACUUUUUAUGACAUAGUUACAUUCUUUACAUACAUUUAUUCUUUUCUCAAAUAUAAGAAAACAUACAAACAAAAAUUCUAUUUAAUAAUUUGAUUUAUGUUGACUGCUACAGAUGUUUCAAUUCUGUCAAAUGGGCAUGUCAGACUGUCAGACAUUAUGCAAAUGAAGCUGCGCUGAGAUACUUAAAACCCCACUCUUAACCCCUUCUCCACACCCCAUUGCCUUUGCAACCCUUUAUCCUCAGCACUGCAAUGACUUCUGGGAAACACGCUCACAGAGGAAAAAGAAUACAAAAAAAAAAAUAUAUAUAUAUAUAUGAAGGACUGCAAUUCCCAUGCUGCAUUGCAAACAAUUUUUUUUACGUUGUGAAUGCUGCUCUUGUUUUCUAACCUCAUGACUAAGUCACUUUCAUACUGCACGGGGACCAAUCAGAAUCAUCAGAGGGACUUGUUUAUGUACAUAUGCAUACAUGUUUAAGCUAAGGGACCUAAUUAUCAGUGAAACUAGGCCAAAGCUUAAAAAACCUCCAUACUAAUUAUGUCAAAAUUUGUGAUGUCAGUCUUACCAGAUAAUGGUUUCUGAUUGACGGAACACUUACAUCUCCUAUUGCUGUCAUGACUCUGAGCUCCCUUUUGCUUGUCUCACGCCCCUAUGUUAAUUUCAAACAUGUCACCAAAUUCAGGACUCACAAAAAAAAACAAAAAAAAAAACAACAGACACUGUAAAAAAAAAGCAAAAGACAAUCCUGGAGAAGAUGAUUUAAACAGUGUAAGCUUGUGUGAGCUGUGUGUCUCAAGCCUUCAUGUGAUAUAGCAACCUUCCAAGUGUUGUAGCCAUAACCACAAAAUUACAAGGAACCAGAAAACAAUUCCUACUGGGGGUGUUGGGUUAAAGGGAGCAAUGCAUUUCCACUAGAUAACUGUACCCACUUACUUUAAUAUUUAUGUGUAUUUUUUCUUUUAUAUUAUUGUCAUUAAUUUAUAAGUCUGUAAGGUUUAUAAAGUUCUUUAUGUAUGCCUCUUAAGGGAACUUUCUCCUUGUAUAGAAACAAAAGCAAAUUAUAGCCAAUUCUUAGUAUAACAGGAAACUCAAAUACACCGGUGAAUAAUCUGCUAUUUGUAGGCUGGACAGGAAUCAUCAUUUGGGUUCACAUCAGAUUGCAUCUUAAUAUAAAUGAAAUUAACCUGAAAUGUUGUAGCACUUUAAGGCUGGUUAAUUUAGUAAAUGUCUUAAAUCUGGAAUCAUAAGAAAUGAUAACAUUGAAAAACAGUGUACUAUACUUGGGCCCUAGGUUUAGUGUUUUUUAUUUAUUAAUUUGAUGAACAUUUGUUUAACAAUUUUUUUAAAGAUGCACUUGUUUUGGUGAGACCUGCAUCCAAACAGAAAUUGGACUCUUGGAGAAAAUGGAGUCUGUCUUCAGAUACUGUGAGUAACAGUUUGGUGAGGAGAAUCUGUCUGAUUUCCAAUGAGUACUUAGGAGUAGUUAGGAGGAGUGUAAGUUAGUGUAGUUUAAACACAUAUCAGUACUGGUAUGUCCUCUUGCUCUACAUUUGAUUUUUAUUUUGGUUUGGUUUCUUUAGUCGGGUUUCAUGUAUUUAUGUUCAUAUUUGUUUGAGAACAAGGUCUGGGAGCUGUGUAACGCUUCACAAGGAAAAAAUGCAAGAUAUACAUAUAAACACAAACAUGCUCACAAACACACAUUGGAAAAUAAACAUUUAGAGGUAAAAGAAAAAAAAAGAAAGAAAGAAAUGUUAUGACUUAUUUUUUUAUAAGUGCAGCAAAGAUCUGCAAUCACAAUGUGGUAACAACCAUUGCCUGUGUUCUUUUCAUUUGUGGUGCUUUGUAAGAUUAUUGUUAUUGUUAUUACUAUGAUUAUUGUAUUUGAUUUGUUUCUACUCCUGUACCUGCCUGGAAACUGGAGGCUGAAGCCUGGUUUCUCUUUGUAUACCAAUGUGAAGCUUUGUAUUAUUUCUUUCUGGUUCUGACUCAGUGGAAGUGUGUGAUGUUUACAUGUACAGAGGAUUAGAUUCUUUUUGUUGUUGGUUUCUUUUUUCUUGUUUCUUUUUUUUUUGUUGAAGACCCACAUAUCCAGCCUCAGUUUUUGACUUCAAUUUGUUUCCUUAAUCUUGUGCAUGGAGGGGCAUUGUUAUGUUAGAAAGUUAUAGAGACUUGGUUAAACCACUGUUAAGGUCCUUGCACACUUAUAAUGCAUAAAGUGAAUAUUCAUGACUGUCAUUUGUCCACAGUGGUUCAUGUGGGUGUCCCUGAUUAUGAGAAAACUCUCAUUGUGCUUUUAUUCCUCGGACAUGAGUUUAGUACAACUGUUAUAGAAACCUGUUUUCAUUUGCAGGUGUGUGUUACCUCUCUGUUAAACACUGUUCAGUUUUUGCACUUGAGAAGUGUGUUACUUCCUCAGCAUUAGUUCAGAAUGAAUCAGGGUUGGGAUCCAUGUGCAAGGGCCUUGAGAGGCAACAUUUCAGUCAUUGAUUGUGGAUGAAGGUGCUGGAUCAGAAAAAAAAAAGCAGAGAGAGAGAGAGAGCUUCUUAUCAGCUCAAAGUGCAACACCAGUUGUCCUUCCCCAUAAUACAACACAAUGGACCUGAUGGUUAAUGAGCUUCAAAUGAUUUUUAUUACUACUUUUACAAAAACUUGAAACAAAUAUAUUACAAGUCAAGCCAGUGGUCUAAGGGAAAGCGUAGCCUCCCUCAAACUGGUCCAGUUAACUAAAUAUUUCCAAUGUGAUUAAGGCCUACUAUCUUUGAAUUUGCACUUUGACCUUUUGUAGAAGCUUCUCAGUGAUUUUAAAAGCCAUUCCCCUCAUGUUGUUUGCCCAUAUGGGAAACAGGAACCUCAGGAACUGUUGAAUCUCUGAGUUUGUUUUUUUAAUCCAGGCCAAUAUGUCCUGACUGACAAGUCCUCAUGCUCUCUCUCAGCUACCACAUCAUUUAUAUCAAAUUUGCUAUAUAUCCUUUUUAUAUUUAUUAUUGUGAUUUAAAAGUGAAUCUUCUUUUCAGUACAUGUGGCUGAAUAUUUGAAUUCUUUAGAAGUGUUGAUAAAUAUAAAUAUAUAUCUGAAUAUAUGUGAAGCAACUAAAAGAUGGAAAACAUGGCAGGUAAUUCCAUUUAUGUUUGUUUCAUGCAAAAAAAAAAGAAGAGGAAGAAAAAAAGACUCAGGUGGGAGAGUUUCCCACCUUUUACAUAUCACUUUGAUGAGAGACUCAUUAUUGUCUGAAAAAGACUCUUUUUACAUUUUCAAUGUGGUGUCGAUGUUACAGUCUGAAAAACUGUCGGGUUUUCCACUUGCUGCAAAGUUGCUAGUUCCUUUCCUCCAGAGGUGUGUGUCACUGAGUUGCUGAAUAAAACAGUGAGCUCCAAA